AUGGGCUGUGGAGCGUCAACCUCGUCCGCCGCAGUGAAGUCAGUGGAUCCGGGCAACAGCGAGUGGAGAAUUACAAUCUCCAUGGCAAGUGGAGAGAGUACCACGAUGUCGCUUGAUCCGCGUUGUGGGGUGGCGGAACUCAAGAGAUCUGCCAAGGACUUUUUCAAGAAGCCCUUCCUCCAACUUGUAUUAGGAGAUCGAGUGCUCCUCGACUCGCAGAUUAUUGAGGAGGCUCUCAGCAACGGAGCCGCGGUGACAGCUGUGGUCCAAAGUCCCCGGUUGGCUGCCACAAGAUCUUGCUUUGCCAUGUGGUGCCCUGGCGGUAGUAAGGUGAUCACCUUCGGUUGCUACGGCCCUGGCAAGGUCCAUGAAGUUCCGGAUCAGCUCAGCCAGGUUAGAGAGGUCGUGGCUACCGAAGAGGCUUUUGCCGCUAUCUUGGGGGAUGGGGAAGUGGUCGCUUGGGGUGUGAAAGACAAGGGAGGGGACUGCAUCGAAGUACAGGAGCAGCUCAAGGAUGUCCAGCAGAUUGCGGCGACGCAAUCUGCUUUUGCGGCGCUCAAGGCUGACGGAUCUGUCGUAACCUGGGGCACCCGUUCUUAUGGGGCCAACUCUGACCAUGUCGAAAACCUGAAGGAUGUGCGAGAGAUAGUGGGCUGUGAAAUAGCCUUCGCUGCCAUCUUGGCUGAUCGCUCGGUGGUGACAUGGGGCGCGAGUCGUUGUGACCAAAGCACAGUGGAAGGCCGGCUGAAAGAUGUGAAGCAGAUCGCACCGGCACGGACGGAAUUCGCUGCCCUCCUGGCAGAUGGAAGUGUUGUUACUUGGCCAAGCCCGCGCAGCGCAGAUGACAGAAAGGACGAGCUGCAGAACGUUCAGAAACUCGUGGCCAACGAGGGUGCGUGGGCAGCCAUCCGGGCUGAUGGAUCCGUCGUGGCUUUCGGGGAUCAAGAAUUUGGUGGAGACGACCGCGAAGUUCGAGAUCAGCUGAAGAAUGUCCUAGACGUAACGCCAGCGGGUUACGGGGCCUUUGCUGCCCUCCUGCAGGAUGGAUCGGUUGUGACCUGGGGGGACAAGACUCGCGGAGGAGACAGCAGCAAAGUACAAGAUCAGCUCACAGGUGUGCAAGCGAUUCGAUCCACUCGAAGAGCCUUUGCUGCCAUCUUGGCGGAUGGAUCCGUGGUGACCUGGGGUGACAGCAGCUACGGAGGCGACAGCAGCGAAGUUCAAGAUCGUUUGAAAGAUGUUCAUCAAAUCGUGGGGUGCUCCAACACUUUCGCCGCUGUUUGUGGCAAUGGGAGCCUGAUCAGCUGGGGUGGCGGAGCACACAUGCACAGCAACCUGGAGGAAGAGGUUUCUAAACUUUGA